CCUUGAAACGGCGCCCGGGUUCCAUGUUUGCAUCCGCCUCGCGGGGAGGAAACUCCAUGUUGUAACAAAGUUUCCUCCGCGCCCCCUCCCUCCCCCUCCCCCUUAGAACCUGGCUCCCCUCCCCUCCGAAGCUCGCGGGGAUCCCUCCCUCCCACCCCUCCCCUCCCCCCCGCGCCCCGAUUCCGGCCCGAGCCGGGGGGGAGGCCGGGCGCCCGGGCCAGAGUCCGGCCGGAGCGGAGCGCGCCCGGCCCCAUGGACAGCUCGGCCGUCAUUACUCAGAUCAGCAAGGAGGAAGCGCGGAGCCCGCUACGGAGCAAAGGUGACCAGAAGUCAGCAGCUUCUCAGAAGCCCCGGAGUCGGGGCAUCCUCCACUCACUUUUCUGCUGCGUCUGCCGGGAUGAUGGGGAGGCCCUGCCCGCCCACAGUGGGGCGCCCCUGCUCGUGGAGGAGAACGGUGCUGUCCCCAAGACCCCAGUCCAGUACCUGCUCCCCGAGGCCAAGGCCCAGGACUUGGACAAGAUCUGUGUAGUCAUCGACCUGGACGAGACCCUGGUGCACAGCUCCUUCAAGCCAGUCAACAAUGCCGACUUCAUCAUCCCUGUGGAGAUUGAUGGGGUGGUCCACCAGGUCUAUGUGCUGAAGCGGCCCCACGUCGAUGAGUUCCUGCAGCGGAUGGGUGAGCUCUUCGAAUGCGUGCUGUUCACCGCCAGCCUUGCCAAGUACGCAGACCCAGUAGCUGACCUGCUGGACAAGUGGGGGGCCUUCCGGGCGCGGCUGUUUCGUGAGUCAUGCGUCUUCCACCGGGGGAACUACGUGAAGGACCUGAGCCGGCUGGGCCGAGACCUUCGGCGGGUGCUCAUCCUGGACAACUCGCCCGCCUCCUAUGUCUUCCAUCCAGAUAACGCCGUACCGGUGGCCUCGUGGUUUGACAACAUGAGUGACACGGAGCUCCACGACCUCCUGCCCUUCUUCGAGCAGCUCAGCCGUGUGGAUGACGUGUACUCAGUGCUCAGGCAGCCUCGGCCCGGCAGCUAGUGAGGCGCCACGGGGCCAGGACCUGCCCCUGACCACACCCGCACCACUCACACGCGGACUCUUCCUUAAGAAAACUCAGCGCCACGGGGAAGUGGGCAUCUCCCCCGCCAGCCCGGCCAG